AUGUUUGCAAGACAAGCUUUCAGAGCGGCUCAGCCCCUGAAGACGCAAACUCGUCGAUACGCCACCGAACCAUCCAGCGGAGGAUCCAACACCCUUCUGUAUGCUGGUGUCGCUGCCCUCUUGGCAGGAGGGGGAUAUUAUUUCUAUAAUCAAGGAGACAAUGCGGCACAAGUGAAGGAUGCGGCGAAAGAUGCCGAAGCCAAGGCCAAAGGCGCUGUCGCUGCUGCAAAGGCGAAGGUGGACGGAGCAACUGCAAAGUCUGCGUUCACGGGAGGAGAUCAAGGCUUCAUCAGCUUGAAGUUGGACAGUGUUGAGAACAUCAACCACAACACCAAGAAGUUCCGAUUCGCCCUGCCCGAGGAAGACCAAGUAAGCGGACUGGCCGUUGCGUCCGCCCUCCUUACCAAAUACAAGGGCCCGGAGAUGGAGAAGCCCGCCAUUAGACCUUAUACCCCAGUAAACGAUGAGGGUGAUCUCGGAUUCCUGGAUCUCUUGGUGAAGAAAUACCCCGGUGGAGUAAUGUCUGGGCACAUGCACGAUAUGGUCCCGGGACAAAGACUCGACUUCAAGGGUCCAAUCCCGAAAUACGCAUGGACCCCAAACAAGCACUCUCACGUAGCACUUAUCGCCGGAGGAACUGGGAUUACACCCAUGUACCAGGUUGCCCGCGCUAUCUUCAACAACCCAGACGACAAGACCAAGGUCACACUUGUCUUUGCCAAUGUUACCGAGGAGGACAUCUUGUUGAAGAAGGAGUUGGCAGAACUGGAGAACACCUACCCCCAGCGAUUCCGAGCCUUCUAUGUUUUGGAUAAGCCCGCAAAGGGAUGGACUGGUGGAAGUGGAUACAUCACCAAGGAGCUCUUGAAGACUGUUCUUCCUGAGCCAAAAGAAGAGAACAUCAAGAUCUUUGUAUGCGGUCCACCUCCUAUGUACAAGGCUAUCUCUGGCGUCAAGAAGUCUCCUUCGGACCAGGGCGAGCUUGAUGGCAGCAUCCUCGAGCAAUUGGGUUACAAAAAGGACCAAGUCUACAAGUUCUAG